AUGGAUUUGAUGGUCAUAAAUAAGGACGACUGGGUAUAUGUACAGUCCGAGGGCGACCACAGCGGCGAUCACACUUAUUUUGAGAGCACAAUCACCUCAUCGCUUCGAGACACAAAGCGGCACGCGCUAUUCCCGCCCAUAGUCAGGGAGCAGUUCAUCCAGGGGAAAGAUAUGUGCCUACCAAUCUACCACGACGGGAUAAAAGAGCAGGCAGCGCUCGAGUACGACGGCACAGGCGCGCUAUGCGGCCUUUGA